GUUGUUGUACAACAAAAGAUGUCGCCACUUUAUUAAUUUACUUCGACUGUAUAUGCAAUAUUGUUUAUUGUUUGUGCUCGCGAAUUCCCAUAAUAUUCUUAUUGUUUUUAAAAGUUUUAAUUUUCCAAAAGAUGUGUGAGGACCAAUGUAGAAUAUGUGCUAAAACUGUACAAGAGAAAGAUGCUACGAAUCUCUUCGACAUUCAAAAUAAAAACAUAUUGCUUCAGCUUAAAGAUCUUACUGGAGUAAGGCUGAAAAACAAUUUGGGUUUUCCGAAACUUAUGUGUUGCGAUUGCAAAAAGGAUUUAACUAGUGCAUACAAAUUUCGAGAUAAUUUUCUUAGAGUUCAGACAUCUUUUAAAAUAAAAAGCUCCAGGGGAUAUAGGAAGCCAACCUCUGAAAUCUUAAUAGAAGCCACUGAAUUUAUUCAGGUAUUUCCCGUAAAGGAAGAAAGAAAUAUAGUAAUUGAAAAGCAUGAAGUUAUAUCUUCUGCAGAUGAAGAAAAGGAAAUAAACAUAAUUGAAUCGCAAGAUUUAAACAAAAGACAAAUAUUGACAUUUGCUAAAGGAAGCAAAGACGAAAUAAAUGCAUUGGAAUUAAAACCUAACGAAGAAAACACAUUAGAGGAUACAAAGAUUUUCAUAGAAGAAGUAAUUUCUGAAAAAUUUGAUGAGAAUUUUGAUACUACAAAACCGGUAAGCGAUGAAGAAGCCUUAUACAUUAAUGAUAGUGAUGUAGAUUACAGUCCAGAAACUACAGAGUGUCCAGUAAAGAAGCUAAAAACUAACCGCAAAAGCAAAAAGGCAGAGAGACUACUAGCUGAAGGACAAAAAAAUAAAAUAAAAAAAGAAAUAACUAAAAGCAGGAAAAAACGUAAUGAUGCUUACGAACAUCCUAAUAUUUUUAUAUGUGAUCAAUGUGGAAAUCAUUUUACUUGUCGUCACCAUUUCAAACUGCAUUUAAGGCGACAUUCAGGUGAUAAGCGAUGUGCUUGCGAGCUUUGCCCCGACAAAUUUUUCACAAGUUCAGAGCUUAGAAGACACAUGAGGAGGCACACUGGAGAAAGACCAUUCGCUUGCAAAUUUUGCGAGAGAAGAUUUACUGAUUAUAGUACACGUAUAAAACACGAAAGGACACAUACUAAUGAAAGACCAUUUAUGUGUUCCCAAUGUGGUAAAUCCUUUACUACAUCUUACAUACUGAAAAAUCACAUGUUAACACAUACUGGCGAACGACUUUUUAAGUGUGAAGUCUGUAAUAGAUCUUUUACGAGAAGAACUCAUCUUGUAGUGCAUUUUCGAUCUAUCAUGCAUAAGCAAGCUGUUGAAAAAGAUAAACGUCCCAAUUCUCAAGAGGAAUUGACUCAAUCACAUUGCUUAAUACCACAAUCAACGAACGUUUCAACUUUUCUUGUUUAGAAUAGACAUUCGAAUAAAAAUAAAACUUAAAUAUAUAUUAGGGAUUAUUAAUCCUUAAUAGCUUGGAAUGGAAAUCAAAUCCUAAUAAUAUUUGUAAUAAUCAGGUAUGCGAUAUAGUUCAUUUUUAAAACCGAAUCGAUUGAAGUCGACAAAACGAUUUCUUGUAUUAUUUAACAUUAAAUUCCAGCUGCUUUUCACACAAUUUAUUAUAUUUCUUAUAUGUAUUCACUUCUAUAAAAAGUAUUUUAAUAUGUGUGUAUAAUUUUGCUAGAAAAUAAUAAACCAUUCGUCUCGAAAUUCAUCACAUUUCAAAUCGUAACUAUAAUUAGGAGAUUAAUUAUAUACCAAUUUUUUAUUUUUUUAUUUCAUUUGUAAUUCGUAAGCCUUAUUGGCCAAUUAAUAAAUUACAGCAAUCCAUACUAUUACUAGUUCUAUAAAAUUUUGCACGUUUUAUAAGGUUAUAUGUUAAAAAUGUCGAAAUUUGUGUUAAACAUUUCUUGUACUCAACAAAAAACGAUAUACUCCCACAAUAAAUACAAUUAUCAAUAUGUACUUCAAAA